AUGUUCAGAUGCAGAGCCCAGACGAGGGGCUCGCUCUGGAAGAGGCCUUUUUCCACAACCACGCGAAACCACAUCGAGACGGGCCGCAAUGGCAGAAAGAGCGUUGCGAAAGAACGACAGCGCGCCGAACGCGAUCAACUGACCCGCUUGCUCAAAGAGUCACCCGGUAAACGCGAUGCGCGGAACUUCCUCAAGCACUUCGAUCAGUGGCAGCCGACGCCGACGCCGAAGCCAGCGAAAGCUGAAGUACCCCGGGCCACGACUGAGGCGGAACGGAAAGCACAUCAUGAUGAAUGGAGGCUAGGUCGGACGGGUGUCAACCUGGGCAACUUGUACGAGCCUACCAAGGCGAUUCAGAACAACCCUGUCUUCACGCGAGAAGAAUUGCCAGACAAAUUGCUCCAUGAUAGAGAUCUAGAGCCGCUGCAUUUGGCAUUGGUCAAGCUCCGGCAGCCUCAAGCAUUGGAUGAUGAGACACUUGGAGGCAUCGCCCUGACGCUGAGUCAGAUGGCGAAGCUGGGAUUGAAUAUUGCUGUUGUGGUGGAUUGUGAAGGGGACGACGGGCCGGCCAGCCUUGAUGUGAAUCCAAUAUGGGAGAGCACGGUACGGGAACAGACGACACGUGUUGUGGACGCGUUGGAAGACUUCAAUGAUCCUGGUGCUUUCGAGGUUGGCCAUGCGCUAUCCUACACCGACAAGGAUGCGAGCAGGGCUGGUGCAGGGCUGCAAGGCUACGGGGCCGUUGAGGUGAAGAAUAACCACCUACUCUUCCCCCCGAUUGAGGAUGGCAUCAUCCCAGUGAUUCCGCCUUUUGCCUACACAUCAGAGCUUAGAAAGAUCCGGGUCGAUCCUGACGACGUGCUGCUUGCUCUGACGCGCGAGUUUGUAGGACUUACUCCACGAGCCGACUCAGAGGGAUCGGGAAAUUCGGACAGCGCUCUCAAGGAAAGAGAGGAAGAACUUUCUAGGAAACCUGUGCUGGACCGCAUCAUCCUUCUGGAGCCCCUGGGAGGCAUACCGGCGGAACAUCGAGCUGACGGUGCACAUGUCUUUAUCAAUCUCGAGGCAGAGUACCGCGAUGUGCGAGAGGAGCUAGAACGUCCUCCCCAAAGUGCAGAACCAACUGGAAACCCAUCAGUAUCAUCAUUUGGCAGCAGUAACCCUCUUUCGACGUUGGUAGAGUCGGAGGUCGCACCGAUGCCCGGUGCCGGACAAAAGCAGAUUUCUGUCGAUCCACCAUCGUCUCGCCACGUUAAGAAUCUCGAUGUAGUGCACCGGGCUCUUCGAUUUCUACCACCCUCGUCCUCCGCAAUCAUCAUCACUCCGGCCGAGGCCGCAAUAUCCUCCCAAGCAGCACUCCGAAAAAGUUCCUCUGCGGGCGUACGAACACGAAGAUCCAAGAAUCCGCUAAUCCACAACCUCCUUACAGACAAGCCCAUGACGUCCUCGUCGCUGCCAGACCCGCUCGUGACCCGUCCUUUGGCAUCAGCGGAUCCUAACCCGGCAACGUUUCUCAAGAAGGGUAUUCCCGUGACCAUACUCCCUGAUCCGCGCGUUUCACCCUGGCAACCACCUUCUCCCUCGAACCCUAGCAUCGAGCUCGAAAAGGAUCCACGUAUAAAUUUUCCAAAACUGGUGGAGCUGAUAGAAGACUCUUUCGGCCGCAAACUUGACGCACGAGACUACCUCGAUCGCAUCCGCGGCCGCAUCGCAGGUGUCAUUAUCGCCGGUGACUAUGAGGGUGGCGCGAUCUGCACUUGGGAGGCGCCAAAUCCACUAUCAUCCACCCCUCCACCUCCAGAUUCACCACUUUGGGUCCCCUACCUCGACAAAUUCGCCGUCUUGACAAAGUCUCAAGGUUCUGGCGGCGUCGCAGACAUCGUUUGGGGCGCCUUAACACGAACGGCAUUCCCGCAAGGUGUCUGUUGGCGAAGUAGAACGACGAAUCCGGUGAACAAGUGGUAUUUUGAAAGGGCGGUGGGCAUGUGGGAUCUACCCGAUGGGUAUUGGACUAUGUUCUGGACGACGGAGGGCGUGGUGGAAGAAGCUGCUAAGGCAGUGAACGCAAAGAAGAAGGACAUGACGAGGUGGGAUGCAUAUGUCGAUGUUUGCUCGGGGGUCGUGCCGAGCUGGGCGGACGCAAAGAAGCCUGAUUAG